AUUGAAAGUGAAGGAACGAAGCGGAAAAAUCAAAGAGGAACCAAAAGUUCGAGCAACAGUGACACACACGGAAGAUAAAGACAAAGGACAGAUUGUAGCGUUAGCCUUUCUGCUGUAGGACGGUAGUUUGAAGAACGGUUUGGUGUUUUAUGUACAUAUUUGAGAGAUUUUAGUGGGGUGAAAUCCGUUCAGCUUCUUUUACCAACGGGCAGGUAACUCCUGCUGAAGAAACAUUCACAGAGUUGAAAGAAUGUAACGUCAAGUCCGACGAAGAGAUGAAUGAUAAAUAUGCUCUGCUGGAUUCCGCCAGGACACCAGUGAUCAUUUUACGCCGAAUAGAUCUCCCACAAUGCUGUGUGCGUAAAGAGGACCGGGUUGUCAGUGAGCUCAGCAACCAAAAGGGGAACUCCACUUUAGAUCAAGAGGAAAAAGAACAAAAAAGGUUCAAGGAGAAGAAGAAGCGCCUCUGCACCAGUAAAGAUGAAGAGCAGCUUGUGCUGAAACAGGAGACUGACAUUUUGGUGAAUCCCUCUAAUGUGCAAACAAUCCACAAUGAAACAGAACCACAGAGGAACCAACUCAUCUCUCAUGACUCUCCUGAGAGCCAGGAUCAGGAAGGAAGAAAUUCUGAAGACCCAAGAAAAAGAAAUGACAAGCAGAAACGAAAUGAAAUAUGUCAGAAAACCAAACGUCAGAAAGGUAAAACUGAGAGUUCAAAACAAAAAACACACAAGAAAGUUCACCCAGACCAAACAUUAUAUUCAUGUAAAAUUUGUGAUGAAUCCUUUAAUCAAGCAAGUUUAUUGACAACACACAUGAGAACUCACAUGGGCAAAAAGCCCUUCACAUGUUCAACUUGUGGAAAAAGUUAUGGCCACAAGGGUGGAUUAAUUUAUCAUAUGAAAGUUCACUCAGGUGAGAAACCUUUCUCAUGUGUGACCUGUGGAAAAAGUUUCAUAACCAAAUCUAUUUUAGUUGUUCACAUGAAGAUUCACACAGGUCAGAAGCCUUUCCCAUGUGUGACCUGUGGAAAAAGUUUUAAAUGUAAACGUUCUUUACUUGAUCACAUGACGAUUCACACAGGUGAAAAGCCUUUCUCGUGUGUGAAUUGUGGAAAAGGUUUCAUACGCAAAUCUCAUUUACUGGGUCACAUGAGGAUUCACACGGAUGAGAGGCCUUUUUCAUGUUUGAGCUGUGGAAAAAGGUUCAUCUUCAAAAGAAGUUUAACUGUUCACACAAGUACUCACACAGCUGAGAGACCUUUCUCUUGUGUGACUUGUGGAAGAAGUUUCAAAGGCAAAUCUCAAUUACAACAGCAUGCAAAGAUUCACACAUGUGAGAAGCCUUACUCAUGUAUGAAUUGUGGAAAACAUUUCACAUGCAAAUAUCUGUUACUUAUUCACAUGAGAACUCAUUCUGGUGAGAAGCCUUUCUCAUGUGGGACCUGUGGAAAAGGUUUCUCUCAAAGAAGUCAAUUAACUGUUCACAUAAGGACUCAUACAGGUGAGAAGCCUUUCUCAUGUGGGACCUGUGGAAAAGGUUUCUCUCAAAAAGGAUAUUUAACUCAUCACAUAAGGACUCAUACAGGUGAGAAGCCUUACUCAUGUGGGACUUGUGGAAAAAGUUUCUCUCUAAGUAGUAUAUUAACUAUUCACAUAAGGACCCAUACAGGUGAGAAGCCUUACUCAUGUGGGACUUGUGGAAAAAGUUUCUCUCAAAAACAUUUAACUGAACACCUGAGGACUCAUACAGAUGAGAGGCCUUACUCAUGCAAGUCUUGUGGAAAGAAUUACAAGACCAGAAAUGGUUUAUCUUAUCAUAUGAGGACACAUACAGGUGAAAAGCCUUUCUCAUGUGGGACCUGUGGAAAAGGAUUCCGUAUAAACAGCCAAUUAAGGGUUCACUUGAGUGCUCAUACAGCAGAGAAGCCUUUCUCAUGUGGGAUCUGUGGAAAAGGUUGCAGUCAGAAAGGAACUUUAGCUGUUCACAUGAGGACUCAUACAGGUGAAAAGCCUUUCUCAUGCGAGACUUGUGGACUAAGCUUCAUUAGGAAAUCAGGUUUACGUUCUCACAUGAGAGCUCAUACAGGUGAGAGGCCUUUCUCAUGUGUGACCUGUGGAAAAAGUUUUGCUCAAAAAUACAGUUUAACUUGUCACAUGAUGACUCAUACAGGUGAGAAGCCUUUCUCAUGUGGGACCUGUGGGAAAAGUUUCUACACAAAAAGCCCUUUAACUUCUCACAUGAGAACUCAUACAGAUGAAAGGCGUUUCUCAUGUGGUACUUGCGGAAAACGUUUCCAUUAUAAAUCAGCUUUAGAUUAUCACAAGAUGGCUCAUACAGGUGUGAAGCCUUUCUCAUGUGAAACAUGUGGAAAAAGUUUCCGUCAACAGUGCAUGUUAAAUGUUCAUAUGAAAACCCAUACAAGUAUGACAGGAUUCUCAGAAACUAGCCGUUUGAAAGCAGAGUAAUUACGGCUGGAUGACAUUCUUACAAUGCAGCGGUUUAGAGAAAAUAGCAUUUCAAAUAGGUUUAGCCAUAAUACUGCAUUUACUUUGGUCUGUUAUUUGUGUCUUUCCAUUUGAAAGGGUCUUUACGUGAGAUAAGUGUUUUAAGAACUUAUGGAUGCAUUUUUAAAAUGUUUUUUUCCCAAGUGAAGUUAAUUGUAUUAAUUUCAUCUUAAAGGAACAGUGGAUUUGAUUGCUUUCAGAUUUAGACUUAUCAAGGUUUGAUGUUUUUGUAUGUCUUCUAUUUUAUAGUUAUUUGUUCUACUUAAAUACUUUUGCUUAGAAGAUGUAUGUUUGGUGUUACAAAUUAAAUGCCCAUUGAGAAUUUUUUUUUAAAUUCUAAAAUUCAAUAUAUUUUGUUUAUUUUCUCUUGAGUUUCUGUUUCAGGUGGGAAAUACAGUUGAUUUUAUGAUGGCAACAAUGCAGCUAUUGCUAUGUUUUUCUAAGUUAUGAUGAAACCUGAGAUGUUUUCCUCUUUUGUUAAAACAUCUGCAUUGACUUUAUUCUUGUUGAAUUUACUCUAAGCUGAAAAGUUAUUUUUUUAUCCAUUUGUCUUUUUUCAUGUGGGUAUUUGUUUGAGAAGGUUUUUUAUUAUUUAGAAUAUUAGAAAACGUAUUGUUGUUAUAGCUUAAAUUUCACAUUAAGAUGUUUGUAGCAAAAAGCUGUUUCUAUAUAAUUCUUGGAUAAUAAAGUUUAUUUACCUUAA